CUGCCUACGCAAAAUGUUGUUCUCGUUCCCCAAGGAUCCGGGAUUAGAGCAGAAUCAUCGCAGAUCUCGCUCCCGCCCAGACGACCAUGGGUACACGGGUAGUCGCCGUUGCCAUCAUCACUCUGCUCAUCACUGGAUCUACAAUUGGAGGAGCAGCAGCAAAGGAUCGCAGAUCUGAGAAGGACAAUGGAAGUGGCAUUGGAGCUGUCAUUGGAGCCACAGUGGGAGCAGGAUUGGCACUGGUUGGCGUCCCGGUGUUCCUCGGCGCCCUGGGGUUCACCGGGGCCGGAAUCGCCGCCGGCUCCGUCGCUGCCAAGAUGAUGUCGGCAGCUGCCAUCGCCAACGGCGGCGGAGUGGCUGCAGGCAGCACCGUGGCUGUGCUGCAGUCCGUCGGCGCUGCAGGUCUUUCUGUUGGUGCCCAAGCUGGGCUGACAGCUGCCCUGGGCUCAGCUGGCGCAGCAACCGGUGCCCAGCUAACUGAGCGAAAGAAACCUCCAAGUGACUAACCUAAAAAAGGAUAAAAGCCCAAGUGACAAACCUAAGAAAAAGUAACUUGAGUGACAAACAUGAGGAGGAGAUAACUCCAGACAAGCAGCCCAAGAGAAACGAAGCAGGUUGCUGAUCCCAAAGCCGUGCCUUGCACAGUGCAGGUGCUGGGAAACCCCCACAGACCCCUCAGAUCUUCGCCUCCCGUUUCAAAAGGUUUGGAUUGUUGUGAGCAGGGAUUUCCCUGAAGCCAAUAAAAGUGCUUUGCUUCCAGCAGA